AUGAGUGACCGGCGUCGACUCAACGGCCCUGCUGGCACGACCAGCCCUCCAGUCUUUGCGCUCUCCAAGAGUUCUACGAAGUCGUCUCAAAAGCGGACAAGGAAGCCCAAUGAACUACGCAAAAUAUUCCUGCAAACUGGAGUGGUCCCUUCCGCAACCGGUUCCGCAUAUCUCGAACUCGAAAGUCCUCCGGAAUCGAAACCGGGGCUUCUAAACACUUCCUCUACCUUAAAGCUAUCAUGCUCAGUUCAUGGGCCGAAACCCCUGCCGAGAACCGCUUCAUUUUCGCCGAACCUCCAGUUGUCUGCGUCAGUCAAGUUUGCUCCCUUCGCGACCUGCGUGCGCCAGGGCUACAUCCGCGAUUCUACCGAAAGAGAUAUUGGGAUGCACUUAGAAACUGCUUUAAAGGGUGUUGUCAUACCUGACAGGUGGCCGAAAAGUGCGAUUGAAAUUGCGGUGACAGUGCUAGAAGGCGAGGACGAUCAGGUUGACGGCGAUCGAAUUGGAGGUGUUGGGCUGUUCAAUUUGCUGGCUGGCUGCAUUAACGUUUCUAUGGCAGCACUCGCAGAUGCAAGGGUAGACUGUCUAGAUCUACUCGCAGCGGGAGUUGGCGCCGUUGUCCCUGGUCCUGGCAAACCUUUCAGAGUCCUGGACCCUGCUUCCAUUGAACAUGAUCUGAUUCUGGCAAGUUGUCUAGUCGGCUACCUGCCAUCACGAGAUGAGAUUGUGGAAAUCUGGUCGAAUGGUUCUGUAUCGAAUCUAGGGAGGGAUGAAGAUAUCGGGUUUGAUGGUUUGGUGGACAGCGCUGUUGCUGCAGCUCGUGGAUCGCAAACAGUGAUCAAAGAGGUGUUGAUCGAGUCUUUGACGAGGACCGAAGUCGGCGCCGAAAAACUCCCUAACGACGGAAUGAAUGAUGUUGACAUGAAUACAUGA